AUGGAGCCGUACGCAUCGAGGAUCAAGGACGCCAAUGAGAGACGUGCCAAAGCCGGGAGGUACGCUCCCGGCGUUGCCGCAUACUCGGACAGCGACAUGUUCAAGAAACCUCCGACUCCAGGCAUGCCAGUGGCCAAAAGAUGGGACAACCACUUCAGCGCAGAAUGCAAAGCCCGCCGCCCCUGCGUCCUAAAGCAAGCAGCCCAAUUCCUAAAAACCCCCGGCAUCCUCUCCCUAGGCGGCGGCCUCCCCUCCGCCACCUCGUUCCCCUUCUCAUCCCUCACCGUCACCGUACCGCCCCGUCCAUCCUUCAACCUCCCCAGCUCGUCCACCGAAGCUCCGGACAUCUCCUUCUCCAUCGGCAAAGACGACAUCGCCCUCGACAAGGGUGACUACGACCUUUCCGUAGCCCUCAACUACGGCCAAGUUACCGGCGCCGCCCAGCUCAUCCGCCUCCUUACCGAACUGACUGAGAUCCUUUACGCGCCGCCUUAUGCUGACUGGUGGUGCAUGCAGACGACCGGGUCGACGGGGGCGUGGGAGACGGCUGCGAGGAUGUUUUGCGAUAAGGAGAGGCGCGACACGGUGCUAAUGGAGGAGUACACUUAUCCCACAUCGCAGGAGACUAUGGAAGCUUUGGGGAUCGGGAUCGUUGGGGUGAAGAUGGACGGUGAGGGCCUUGUGCCUGCGGAGCUGAGGAACAUAUUGCAAGGUUGGGACGAAGAGAAGCGGGGAAGGAGGAAGCCGCAUGUGUUGUAUACGGUUCCGACGGGGCAGAAUCCUACAGGGGCGUCGUUGAGUGAAGGGCGAAGGAGGGAGAUUUACGCUAUUUGCGAGGAGCACGAUGUCUUCAUUGUCGAGGAUGACCCGUACUACCUGCUCCAGAUGGGAGAGUACAACAAGUCUUCUUCCGAGAACGGGCAUUCGACCGAGAAGAGGGUAGAGUCUUACAUGGCUUCAUUGCCUGGCACGUUCCUAAGCAUGGACAGCUCCGGCCGCGUCCUCCGCCUAGAUUCUUUCUCCAAGAUCCUCUCACCCGGUUCGCGCAUGGGGUGGGCGACAGGAUCGGCGCAGGUCAUCGAGCGGUUCCAGCGCCAUUGCGAGUCGUCUCAGGGCCCGAGCGGGUUCUCCCAGGCGGCGCUAUACACGCUGCUCGAGAAGGCGUGGGGCGGACACGAGGGUUUCCUCGAGUGGGUGGCUGCUCUUGGAGGGGAGUACAAGGUGCGCAGGGACGUGCUGCUGAAGGCCUGUGAGGAUUUCUUGCCUGAUGUGGCGACGUGGGAUCCUCCCAAGGCGGGCAUGUUUCUCUGGAUUAAACUCGACCAUACGAGACAUCCCCGCGGAUCCGCUGGUGUUCUGGCCCUUGAAGAAGAGAUUUUCAAAUCCUGCAUCUCGAAAAAAGUCCUUGUCUCCCGGGGUUCUUGGUUCCGCGCCGGGGAACACGGCCCGUCUGUUCAGACCCAGAACGGAGCGAGCAGGGCAGACCCAGUAGCUAAUGGAGGCGGUAAUGAAUCCAACGGGGCCAAUGGCGUCAACGGGAAGAGCCACCUCGGAUCGGAGGACGAACCUUCGGAGCUGUUCUUCCGGACGACAUUUGCUGCUGCCUCGGUAGAGGGCAUGAGGGAGGCGAUGAGGAGGUUUGGGGACGCUAUUAGAGAGAGUUUCGAGAUUUGA